AUGAGUCUGAUCACCAGAGCUGUGGAGAGAGUCGAUUCUGGAUAUCGUUCCGGCUACUCGGUCCAAAGCUCACUGGCCAUGGGCGGUAUCGAGGAGUUUGGAUCUGAAGAACUGAAGGAGCGCCUCCUACCCAAGAUGGCCAAGGGCCAACUGCUGGGCUGCUUUGGUCUGACUGAGCCAAACCACGGAUCCGAUCCAGGCUCUCUGGAGACGACUGCUAAGCCGCAUCCGACCAAGAAGGGCUACUACUCACUGUCUGGAUCAAAGACGUGGAUCACAAACUCGCCCAUUGCCGAUGUUCUCCUUGUCUGGGCGAAGCUGCACGAGACUGGCAAGAUCCGUGGCUUUGUCAUUGAGCGCGACCAAUGUCCACCGGGUACUCUCGAGACCCCGCCAAUCAAGCACAAGAACGGUCUGCGGGCGUCCAUUACCGGCAUGAUCCAGCUUGAUGACUGUCCCGUGUCCGAAGCAAACAUGUUUCCAGAGGUUGAGGGUUUGAAGGGACCCUUCAGCUGUCUCAACUCGGCCAGAUAUGGCAUCGCCUGGGGUACUAUCGGUGCUCUCGAGGACUGCAUCGCAAGGACCCGAGAGUACGCCCUCGAGAGAAAACAAUUCAAGAACAACCCGAUUGCCAAGUACCAGCUUGUGCAGAAGAAGCUAGCUGACGCGACGACGGAUGCUGCAUACGGUAUCCUGGCCGCCCACCAAGUCGGAAGGCUCAAGGACGAGGGCAAAGCUGCACCUGAGAUGAUCUCUAUGAUCAAGAGACAGAACUGUGACCGGGCUUUGAUCAACGCGCGAACGUAA